AUGGCAUCUCAUAAGCCCAACGAGGGCCAACAAGCAUACUCUUCAGAUGAGUCUGAAGAGAAGAAAGAAGAAGAAGAAGAAGAAGAAGGAGAGAAUAAUCUCCUUAACCUACAGAAUCUCAAUCAAAGAAGAACUCAAAAUGCCCAAUUUGAAGCAUUGCUUACGGAACAUGCACUAUGCGAUGACCUUAAAGUUGAAAAGCGCGAACUGCUUGAAAUACCCGAUGAUGAGCUUUCUGUUGCUCGUCUAGUCGCGAAGCAGGACAUCGGAGGAAGAAAUCUGGACCCACGAGUGUACCAGAUUGAGCUAUUUGAGCGAGCAAAGGCGCAGAACACCAUCGCAGUACUGGACACUGGUGCCGGAAAGACUUUGAUCGCAGUGCUCCUUCUGAAGCAUAUAUUGGAGCAGGAGCUAAUUGACAGGGGCCUGGGCAAAGCCCCUCGUGUGGCCUUCUUUUUGGUUGAUAGCGUUACCCUUGUCUUCCAGCAAUCCGCUGUACUGCGAAACAACCUGAAUCAAAAUGUUGGUCACAUAUUCGGCAGCAUGGGUCCUGAUCUUUGGGACCAAGAAACCUGGAAUGUGUACCUCCGCAAGAACAUGGUGAUUGUGUGUACGGCUGAAAUACUCACACAGUGUUUGCUAAACGCAUUUGCAAAGAUGAGCCAGAUCAAUCUUCUGAUUUUUGAUGAGGCACAUCAUACGAAGAAGGACCAUCCAUACGCUCGUAUCAUUCGAGAGUCUUAUCUCAAGGUGGAUUCAUCUGAACGCCCGAGAAUCUUUGGUAUGACAGCGUCUCCGAUCGAUUGCAAGCGUAAAAGCAAAGAGGCAGCAGUCCAGUUAGAGGCCCUUCUAGACAGUCGGAUCGCAACAACCUCUCAUCAGGACUUGUUAAGCCAGGUUGUGAGACGCCCAACGGAAGAGAUAUGGACCUACAAGAAGCUUGGUCCACCAUUUGCGACUGAAUUGUACAGCAAAUUGGAACAAAAUUUCCAUAAGGUGAGGGCUCUGGAACCGGUUUUCCGAUUCGCAUGGAAUGCAAGCUCGGAGCUAGGGGCAUGGUGCGCAGAUCAGGUUUGGACGCAGGCGCUCAAGGAUGAGGUGAUGCCUAAACUUGAAAGUAUUCUCGACAACGAAUCCAAUCUGGAUUCCCAGGAGUGUGAAGAAGCCCGAAAAUGUAUCAUCGAAGUAAGGGAAGUGUGCGAUCUGGUAAAGACCUACCCAUUUCGACACCCCUCAGAGCCCGGCCAGCUCAGCUCCAAAGUUGAGCUUCUGUCAGAGAAGCUCUCUUAUCAUUUUCGAACGUCAGAGGAGAAGAAAUGUAUUGUGUUCACAGAGCGGCGAAGCACUGCGAAGAUGCUUCUUCGGUUAUUUGAACUUCUGAAGAUGCCCAACCUUCGUCCAGGCAUUCUGAUCGGGAUUAGAAAUUCGGAUAUGACAGGGUCUAUCACCUUCCGACAUCAAUUCCUUGCCCUGGUAAAGUUCCGACAGGGCGAAAUAAACUGCUUGUUUGCUACAUCUGUUGCUGAGGAGGGACUGGACAUCCCAGAUUGCAAUCUCGUCGUGAGGUUUAAUAUCUACCAAACGCUUAUCCAAUACGUACAGAGCCGAGGUCGUGCAAGGCAUGCAAAUUCGACAUAUGCGACUAUGAUCGAAGUAGGGAACGAAGCAGAAAAACAAAGAGUCAAAGAAGUCCAAGAAGCUCAGAUAAUUAUGCAAACAUUUUGUCAAACUCUUCCCGAAGACAGGCUGUUGAGAGGGCUUGACCAUGACUUGAAUCCAGUUCUACGGAAGGACGAAGGAACCAAGAUCUACACUAUUCCGUCUACAGGUGCCAAAUUGACCUUUCGACAUGCUAUUACCAUCCUUGGACGUUAUGCCUCAUCGUUACAAAGUCAAAACAAUGAUUGCCCGCAAGUCCAUUAUUUUAUGGCUUCAGUGGGCGAGAAAUUCAUUUGUGAGGUCCUUCUUCCGGAGAGCUCACCUAUCCACGGCUUGAUUGGGAAAGUGGCACAUAGCAAGGGAGCAGCUAAACAGUCGGCAGCAUUUGAUACUUGCAUAUUGCUUCGAAAGAAAAAUCUUCUAGAUGAUCAUUUCCGGUCGAUCUAUCACAAGCGUCUACCUGCGAUGAGAAAUGCGAGACUGGCGAUUGCUUUGAAGAAGAGAAAGAAGUAUCCUAUGCGUUGUAAGCCUUUGAUCUGGUCUUACCAGAAAGGGAUUAUUCCAGUUUCACUUUACGCCAUGGUUAUUGGUUUUGUUCCAUCAAGCUCUUUGGUCCGAAACCAUGAACAGUUGGUCCUCUUGACCCGAAAAGGACUUCCGAAAUUUCCAAGUUUCCCCAUCUACUUGGAUGACGGCGUCGAGACUGUUGUCCAGACACACCGUAUUGAAGUUUCUUUUUCCAUAAACCCAGAAAAAUUGGGCUUGUUGACUGACUUCACACUCUCGGUUUUCAAUGAUAUUUUCCACAAAAAGUUCGAUACGAAUUCGGAAGAGCUUCCGUACUGGCUUGCCCCCGCUCAUCCAGAGCUAGAUAUUAUCAGUUCUAUAGCUUCGGUUGGAACAGUAAUAGACUGGGCUGCGCUAUACUUCGUUCAUACACACAAAGAGUGGAGAUGGUCAGAGAGUAUGAAGGCGGAGUCCCUUCUGGAUCGGCUACUGUAUGAUCCUUUCAAUGGAAAAUACCGCUACUUUCCAAUUGCUGUUGACCCAUACUUACAUCCUUCAAACCCCCCUCCUGCACAUGUGCCAUGGAGAAAAUACAUGCAGGAUAUCUUGAACUAUUCAGUGUCCCUUGGGAGGAACUCACGAAGGUUUUUCCUAGAUCAUUGCAACUGGAACCAGCCAGUUCUCCAUGCAGAAGUCAUUUGCUUGCGACGAAAUCUUCUUGACAAGGCACCUGGGAUAGAGGACUAUCAGAAUCCCUUAUGCGUCAUCUGUCCACAAGCAAUGGUUAUUUCAGCAAUCAAUUCAACAACUGUUACUUCAUGCUUGGCGUUUCCCGCCAUUAUAAGCAGGCUAGAGUCCUAUCUUAUUGUACUAGAAGGAUGCCAAAAGCUGGGACUGGAGAUUGAUCUGGGCUAUGCGUUGGAAGCUUUCACCAAAGAUUCCGACAAUACCGAAGAGCACAGAGCCUUGCAAAUUCAUGUGCAACGUGGAAUGGGGAAGAACUACGAGCGUUUGGAAUUCUUAGGUGACACAUUUCUCAAGAUGGCAACUUCAAUUGCUCUGUUCUGCAAGAGACCAGACGAUGACGAGUUUGACUAUCAUGUUAAUCGGAUGUGCUUGAUCUGCAAUCAGAACUUGUUCAACACAGCCCGAGGCAUUCAACUUUUUGAAUACAUUCGCAGCCGCAGCUUUUCUCGGCAUAUGUGGUUUCCCCCAGGUCUCAACCUCGUUAAAGGCCGGGAUUUCAUGAAGCAUGUGCCCUCCGAAAGUAGUCAUAAUCUCGCUGAUAAAACGAUUGCAGAUGUCUGUGAAGCCUUGAUAGGAGCCUCCUUGCUUUCGGGCGGCAAAGAUCAUCGAUUUGAUAUGGCUGUGCAGGCCGUUACGAUAUUCGUCAAUGGUCAGGAACAUACAGCAGCAUCCUGGGCAGAUUAUCGAGCCUCUUACAAAAAGCCGGAUUGGCAGAGCAAGCCUUCCGAUGGAUACGAACGCAAUCUUUCUCAAAUGAUAUUUGAGGAUCUGGGAUAUAGGUUCAAUUAUCCGCGUCUGAUGCGAUCCGCGAUUACACACCCAUCCAUUCCGAAGUCACAACGCAAGGUGCCUUGCUAUCAACGUCUGGAGUUCUUGGGUGACUCUCUUCUCGAUAUGGCGUGUGUCGAGGAAUUGUUCCAUCGUUUUCCGGACAAAGAUCCGCAGUGGCUCACCGAGCACAAAAUGGCGAUGGUGUCAAAUAAGUUCCUUGGGGCCUUGGCAGUGAAGUUAGGACUUCAUCGGCACCUUCAAUACAGUGUUGGCCCCAUUCAAUCGCAAGUGAAUCAAUACGUAGAGGACAUUCAACUUGCUGAAGCAGAAUGUGGAGGAGAAAUGGACUACUGGCUCCAUAUAGCGGACUCCCCAAAGUGUCUUCCAGACAUACUUGAAGCAUACCUUGGCGCCGCUUUCAUCGACUCCGAUCUUAAUUACACUGUGAUCGAGGAUUUCUUCUCUAUGCAUGUGAAGCCUUUUUUUGAGGACAUGUCUCUUUACGACACAUUUGCCAACCGCCAUCCAACAACUUUUCUACACCAAAGAAUGACCAAUUUCUACGGAUGCAUGAGCUACUGCCUCAAGUCUGGCGAGGUGCCGGUGGUAGACUCGGAGCCACCAAGGAUUUUCGCUGCUGUAAUGGUCCACGGUAUACCCGUGGGAGAAGCGACAGGGACGUCAAGCCGAUAUGCUAAAGUCCGAGCCAGCGAGAGAGCCUUGGAGGUUCUUGAGGAGUUGCCGAAAUCUGAAUUUCAACUGAAGUACUGCUGCGACUGCAGGAGUGUCGAGCAGAAAGAGAAGGAUACGGAGAUUGGCACUGCAGUUUGA